AUGAGCUCUGCAGAGAAAACGCAAGAACUCUUAGCAGAGCUAGCCUCUCAACAGAGAGAACUUGUCAGAACAGAUCAAUUACUUCAUGCACAGCAAGCUAAACAAGAAGAACUCACCAACGAAAUGCUUGGAUUUUCAACAGAUUUAAUAUGCCAACUUCACUUGUUGUCUCUUGUUAGAUCACGUAUUGUUAAUCCGAAAAUGUACAAUGUUAAUCAAAUUGUAAGCUCCCAAGCUUUUCAGGGACUCAAAUUUUCCAAUUUAGGCUACGUUCCAACAUUUAUUGAUCCAAACAGAUUGAAUCACUACAUAUUUUUCAUAGCAUAUCUUCGCCGCCAUCCACAAGUCUUAGCUAAAAUCUUUUAUGAUUAUUGUAAGAGAAAUCCAAACAAAUCAUACACUAUUGCAUAUUCAUUGUUCCUUACAAUGUUCCAGCAAGGAUGGUGUGUUGAAGAAGACUCAAUGCUUGUUCAAACCUUAUGUUUUAUGUCAGAUCUCCAAUACAAGAACCCCGAUAACACCCAUGUUGAAGUGAUUCCUAAUCCUCCAAGGCUUUUAAAGUUCUCUCUCGCUACAACAGAAGCCGCUGUUGCUUUCCAACAACCAUUUGCCACAUUUCUCACAGCCUACUUAUUCAACGGUGCAUCCAUGUCAUUCCUUCAAUCCGCUCUUGCUCCAAUCAUCAUCAAACUUCAAUCUUUAUCUCAAUUAUACUACCAACGUUCGAAUUUCGAAGUUACAGCCACAACAGUUAUUGCUCCUAUGGAUUAUUGGAAAGAGAUUGCAAGAUACGCUCACAUGCUUUACGAUUCUAUGCUUAAAUGCCACGAAUUACUUCCAAGAGGAUUAUUUACUCUUUUAGAGCACGCCAAGCGUCGUGGUGCCAAUCUAAGCAUACUUUUCUUCGAGUCCUUCGUCAACAGAGCUCUCGAGAACACCGCUGUUCUUGGAUUAUUACCAUGGCAUCCCGGCCACAAGGACUGGCAACCAGCCAAGGACAUUGCCGACGUCUUCAGGUCCAAGUUCAUCAGUUCCCUUCCAUCCACAUCCAUCAACCACCUGACUAAACUGCUUGCAUUAGAUGAACACUACAUUGCCAUCGAUCUCGACAAGUUCUUUGAUGUUUUCGCAGCUCCUUUCACAGGAACAUCACUGUGGAUCAGCGAAACCGAACUUCUCGCAACAAAUCCAAGCUUCCCGAAGGAAGUUUUGAUCACAGGAUCCGAUGUAAUUCUAAUGCAUGAAGCAGCGGCCAGUGUUAAGAAUCUCGAAGAUCCAGAGCUCGAGAAGAUUCUUCAGAGGCUUGGCGACAUCCCUGAGAAGACACCAGAGGCGGAGGAGCACUUCAGAAUCGCAAUCACCCGUCAAAAAGAGAUUUCCGAUGCAGCGAAAAAUCUCGUUUCUGUUUCACUUUUCUCGCCUGAAUCAGUUGUUUCUGAGAAGAGAAAUGAUCCAUACGCCGACCAGUUGUGCGAUAUCAUUUGCGGAUUACCUGAUUUCCAGAACUGCAUCAACGCGAUGAAGCCUCCAUCCCUCAAAUCAUUUUUAGAAUCGAUGAGAGUCAUUGCUCCACUUUUCCUGAAGCAAAAUCAAAUCCUCAAAGCGGACAGUGUGUUUGAUUACGCUCUUAACAAUGUCAACGAUGACGAAGGACUUGUCAAGCGUGUAAUACAAGUUCAGGAGAGUCGCGCUGCAUGGGGAUUUCGAGCUACAGACAGAACAUCAAGUUUACAUUCACAACACGACAUCAUUUCGAGUUCAAUGAAAACAGUGAAUGAAAUUCGCUUGAAUGUUCAAUCCCACUUAUUGCUACAAGUCGCUGAUCAAUUAGUUAAUGGCGAACUGUGCCAAAGCUACAGAGAAGCGAUGUUGAGAGCCCACGAAUUCGUUUCGAACAACGAAUUGUUCAGGAAACAAGCAGCGAAGAUUACUGAUGAAGCGACAUCGAUUUUGAAAGCAUGGAACAUCGAUGAGCACAAAAUCAAGCAAAUUUGCAGGAUUUUGUUCUUCAAACUUACUGAUCACAUCACGUUUAGGAAGUACACAUUGACUGACCAGUUAGUUUGGAAACACUCCGUCAUCAUCAACAAGAUUCUUGAGACUCACAACGCAGAAAUAAUCGAACAGAGUUUGUCUCAAGGCGGAGAUUUCCUCAGACAAAGACUGCACUACUUGGAAAGAGCUGCUGAUAUGUUGGGCCACAUUAGAGAGAACUCUGGUGUUUCCAUCAUUUUGCACUACGCAAUGGAAGUCUCUGACAUCGCAAAGACAUUAGUCGCAACUUGCCCUGAACUUGACUUCAAUUCUUGUAUACUUUGGGUGCUCGCUUCAGCAAAAACAAAACACGUUUACUUGAUUGGAAAGUUCAUUCAACAUUUCUUACUCAGUGAUUUAGUCAUUGAGUCUUUGUUCUCUAAACAAGAAGUAAACUUGAUCGGAAUAUUCCCUCAAGCAGUUUCACUCCUUGUUGAUCAAUGCAAACAAUGGGAUAGACGCAUUGAUGAUUCCUGGAAAUAA